CGGGCCCCCCGGGCGUGUCUCCUAAGCCUGGCUAAGCCUCCCCAAGCCUAUCACAGCCUUGCCAGUGCUGUUUGUCCAGAAUGACGGCUCCGAAACCGUGCCGACCGCGGACGUCGCUCCAAGCUUCGGGAUUACAGUGCAGCACUGUGCGGUUUGACGGCGGCCACCACCACCACCACCAUCAAUCAUCACCACUGCAUCGCCGAAAACCCAUGAUUCAGUGCCCAUCACCACCGCCACUACUACUACCGACGUGUCACUCGUACCUCUUUCCCUUCGAUAUGUGUUAGAGGCCAUUGAAUGCCUUUCCCAGGCCCAGGCCAUGCAGCAGCCACAACACUACAACCCACACAACCAUCCGAGAUGGACAGCCGAGGCCCCUCGAGACUGCUCGAGGAACCACCAACACAACGGCCUGCGCCACAGCUUACACCUUCGAAGCACGAUGCGGCGGUGACAUUGCAGGGCCCUGGCGCCCGCCAGCAACAACAAAGCAAACAACCUAUGGAUAAGAGAAGCCUCGAUUAUAUUCUGCGCAGCGGCCUGGCUGGCGGGUUGGCGGGAUGUGCGGCCAAAACCGUCGUCGGCCCUCUGGACCGAGUCAAAAUUCUUUUUCAAGCUUCGAACCCCCAAUUCGCAAAAUACACAGGCAGCUGGUUCGGCGUGGUGACGGCGAUGCGAGACAUCUACCACAACGAAGGCGUCCGGGGUCUAUUUCGCGGCCACUCAGCGACCCUUUUGCGGGUGUUUCCCUAUGCCGGGAUCAAAUUUCUAGCGUACGAACAGAUUCGCGCAUUCGUCAUCCCCGACAAAGCCCACGAGACGCCCGUUCGACGGUUUCUGUCCGGGUCGUUGGCCGGAAUCACCUCCGUCUUCUUCACGUACCCUCUCGAAGUCAUGCGGGUCCGGCUAGCCUUUGAGACAAGACGAGAUUCGCGAUCCUCCCUGGUUCGCAUUUGCCAACAAAUAUACCACGAACAACCAUCACCUCAACACACCGAAUCGUUGGCAGGGCCACCAAAGGGCUCCGCCGCGGGAGUGGUCGCGCAUAAUAAAGCAGUUCCUUUACCAGUCCCCGUGCCCAGGUCGGGCCUGGUCAAUUUUUAUCGCGGGUUUGCACCUACUCUACUGGGGAUGCUGCCCUACGCCGGCAUGUCUUUCUUGACGCACGACACGAUCGGAGAUCUUUUGCGUCAUCCAGUCCUGGCGCCGUACACGGUGAUGCGAUCCACCGCAGGCUCUUCAAACGAUUUCAACUCGUCCACAAAGGUCCAGCCGAGAAGCCAGCUGACGGCCCCGGCCGAACUUACUUCGGGAGCCAUGGCCGGCCUAGUGUCGCAGACUGCUUCAUAUCCGCUCGAAGUCAUCCGUCGGCGGAUGCAAGUCGGCGGCGCCGUCGGGGAUGGUCAUAGGUUGGGCAUCUCCGAAACAGCCCGCAGGAUCUGGCUGGAAAGAGGCUGGCGAGGCUUUUUCGUCGGUCUGUCCAUUGGAUAUGUCAAGGUGGUGCCUUUGGCGGCUACCAGCUUUUACGUCUACGAACGAGCCAAAUGGUUGCUUGGUAUUUGAUGAACCCAAAACCGUGCAGAGUCUCGGACAACCGACAUUUUGUUGCGCCGAUCGAAACACGAUGUCGAGGGUAUCGUUUCUAUGUUUCCCCUUGAACGCCGAACUACAGCGAGCAUGGAAUCUGACUUGUAUGAUACUCGACGAGAAAUGACCGAAUCUGGGAAUUGAAUGGUCGAGCCUGCCCAUUGGUUUCGGUAGCCUGGGCCAGCAAACCGAAACGGGCGCAAUAUUGCAUGCUACAGAUCUUUUUCCGUCUUCCUCAUUAGCAUCGGCUCAUUCUUGUCGCGAAAAAGCGUGCCAGAAACCAUGGAACCGAUGGGAGACCGCAUCACAGGCAGCGGCGGCAGCGGCGUUGGAGGCUACGUGCCAUGUUUGCCCUCUUCUUUUGAUGUGUACAAACAAAGGCAGGUGUGCAGGAAACACUCCUGGCCCUGGGCGCCAGAACGAGGAUCAGGAGAAGGCCCUGUGGGAUUGAAACGGAAAAGCUGCGACCGGCCCCGGCGCGGGCGCUGCAUGAGGUCGACGUCCCCGACACAAAGACUCCUUGCAGUCGGUUCGUGUCAUGAGGCUUUGAAGAACAGUCGGAUCAAAGCAGGUUAGGUUGCCGGACGAUUGUACGAGUCUUCUAGGCAACAUCCACAUAUAUAAGUUUCAUGUCCGGCCCGAAGAGGGCGAGGAACUGCGGUCGGAACCCGUGACUCGACUCUUCAGCCUAAACUUGAACUUAAGAAAGCUUGGAUAUAUUUCAAGAAUCCGACCGGUUUAUUGAUAUGGUGUCAUCCUAAAUCAUUAUUAGCCCCUACCUGAUAUUUCAGUAGCGAGUUUUAUCACAUACAGAUAUGUGGCUCGAAACCGCCGGUCGUCCAAGUUCAAUUAUUAGUGUCCAACCCAACCUCAGCCAUUGCCUUCUCCUCACGAUGUGCUCGCCUGGUAUUACGAACGCUCCAAAGACCCUCGAGGUCCAUUUCGACUCUCUUCUCCUCUGUGAACAUCUGCACGACAAUCCUUGGCGAAUUCGGCCGACUGCCGAACCCGACGUAUUCAGCAUCCGGGGGAUUUUGAUAUUCGUCUUCUUCCUCAUCCACAUCCACUUCCGCUUCCACUUCCACCGCCUCCUUGUCCAGGAAGACACCAGCUUCAGCUCCAGAUCCAGCUUCAACCGUCAAGGUAUCAACAAGCCCAUCCGGCAAAACAGCAUCGUCCACCGCACCCAUAUUGACACAGAUCCAACCGGUAGUGAUGCCAUCAUCACCAUCGCGCAUGGCCAUGGUAUUCCCGACGCUCUGGGCGAGUUUCAUUUUUCUCGCUUUACGGCGCAACUUGAGCUUGAGCUCAUUGCGACCCAGUAAGCCAUCAGCGUAUGGACGCAGUUUAUAUUCUUUCCGCACCCAGCGGCAGAACCGGUCGGCCGAGACAUUGAGGUGUUUGACGCUGCGGGCUGUUCCGAUCACCAUGAUCAAAUUGGCACCCAGGGCCGGCGGGGGGUCCAAGUGGCGUAGGUCUAGUAGGACUAGAUUGUCCAGGCCGAUUUGGACAGAUAGAUGUUCGAGAAUAGGUUGUAGGAUGGCCGGCGGGUCGGCGGGCAGGGGGGGGAUUUCUUGGAGUGCGAGGAGUGGCGAGAUGGGGGCUGGGGGGGUCGGUUCUUCGACUUGGAGAUACCAUGGUUUUGAAGACGAAGAGUCGGGAUCCGAAAUACUGUCCGAUUGCGGCCGCUCACUCUCCGCAGAAGACGAUAAAGGAAGUUGCUGUUGUUGACGGAGACUUGCUCCUGGUAGGCAACUGAACGAUCUUGUUGUAGUCGACGGAGAGAUGAAUUGUACGCGGUGGAGAGGCUUGCGUAAAGGAGUUGAUGUUACCAUCAAUCCACGCUGCUGUAUCCGUUUUGUUCCCGUUGUCGUCGCCGCCGCUGCUUGACCUGUCCUUCUGGAGACCGAGAUGCCCGCCACCAGAGAGGUGACGGUGUCAACGAACGAUUGACGGCAAGCCG